AUGGUGCCAGACGGCACACCUGAAGCCCUUUCCGCGAGUUGCGAUCCGGCCCAGGAACCAUCACACAAGACAGGGCAUCUCGAGAGUGGCAAGGCAAGAUUAGGAAAGAGAACGAGAGGCUCGCGUCCGAGGCAAAGGCGUAUACAUUUCAUCGUCAGGAGUAAAUGGGCAGAGUCCGGUGCAGAAUCAGACUGCGUUGCCUUAGACCUCCCACUAGCUCACCACAGGAGCAGCCGUCGUCGGGACCCGAAGUCAGUUCAGUCUGACCUGCGGAAUAUUGUCACCGGCGCCACGGGGAACGGCCAGAACCCCAUCUCUCUACCUACUUCGACGUCACCGAACACUCCCCUGAUGCCUUGCCACCAGUCAAUCUGGGCUUUGCUCCGGAUGUCGCAAGGACAACAAAGUGGCCAGCCCAGCCCAGGAGCUUCCGCAGUCGGACCCGGAGCGGAAAGGGGCCAGGAAAACGACUCGUCCAACGCUUUUGCUUCUUCGGCCACCCAACCUCCGCCGCCACCCGAACAUCGUCGGCCCAAAAUCGUGUUCAAGACGACGCCCACCGAGCCUGCCAAGCCUACCGUGCCCAUCGCGCCCACCGAGUUUGUCGAGCCCACCGAAUCUGUCAAGCCGACCAAGCCCACCCAGCCCGCCGUGCCCGCUGUGCCCGCCAAGCCCAUUGAGUCUGUCAAGCCCACCCAGCCCACCCAGCCCGCUGUGCCCGCUAGGCCCGCUAGGCCCUUUGAGCCCGGCGAGCUUCUAAGGCUUAGGCCACUACCCCCUUCGCUCCGUUUUUGGCCUUUUCACACAGACGUUCACCUGUUGAACAUCCUCGACAAGCCCAACUACCGCGACUUCACAUUGCCUGCCAAUACGAAAAGCAAAGGGAGUGCAAACAGCGCUUUCACCAAGCACGGGAUAAUGCUCCAUAGCGGCUAUUGCAACCUGCGGAAAAUCCCAUUCAUUGGUCGGGUGCCUUGGUGGUCCGACAACGUUGAGCAAGGCAUUUUUGCUCGUGUCGGGAAACAGCCCAUCCCGAGCGAUGCUGCCCGCGCUGGCAGUGAUGCCGGCAAAGCCGCAAAAAAGAACGCCAUCAAAGUUCAAGACCUUGCCUACGACUUGACGUACCGCAUCCCUCUCGACAUUGGAAGAUUUAAGGGUGCUCCGGUCCAUAUGGAUCAUUGUCAUAUAGCGAGGGGCUGAACGAUGAAGAGAAGAAGAUACUUCUGCGGGUUUGCCCUAAAGCUUUGUUUGAUUCGCGAUAUGAAGAGGGGCUGAAUGACGACGUGUAGAAGAUACUCCGUCGAAACAACCAAUAGACGUCAGCGAGAGGAGGAUAAUGCCAGAGAGGGAAACCAUGUUCGACAGGGAACAAAUGUCACUGUCAGAUCUAGCGAGAACAAGAUUCCUGUCGAGCGGAUAAUUCCAAGUUUACCGCGCUAGCCAAGGCCACUCCUUCGCGCGGAACCGCAAGCCGGAGCAGAAACUAUCACACUAUCGAUCAACACAGCCGGAAGGAGUGUCGACACCGUCCCGGUCAAGUUCCUGUACAGUUACACCUAAGACGAGUAGAGUUAUGCUGGAUAAUAAGCCUCUGCCACUUGUCUGCGUCAACGUCUGCUCCAAGAAGGAGAGCGGGCAGCCGCUCCAGCAC